AUGCGGUUCACGCAUGGCCUAGCCCUCUUGGGCCUCGCCGUCAUGGCAGCCGCCUACUCCGAGGUUGGCAUCUACGAGCGAUUCUACUUCUACUAUGCUUAUAAACUGGAUGCCAUGACCGUGGGGGAGAAAAAGAUUGCCACCGGAUGUGGUGCCAAUUGCAAUUUUGACGAAUUCAUCAACUUCGUUGAAGAAAACAAAGGCGCGAAUCUCCGCAAGGUCUCCACCGAACACUUCCCCGACAUUGAGAGGACUGCCGAGCUGUAUGCGAAUAGCGGCGCGGCGACCCAAGUGAGGGAAGGGCGUGUCUUCAAUGGAGUCGGUAAUUACGGAGAACUCUUCGAGAAGGUGCGGACUAGGCUCGAGGGUCUCCAGCACAAAACGAACUACGAGUACGACAAGCUGUCGGGGGAAGAACUGGCAACCAAGGUCCAGGAGGUCAAGACAAAGCUUAUGGAAUCCCUGAAGCAGGUCUGGCAGGGCCGCGUGCGAGCCUCGUUGUCUUCUUUCAAGCCAUACGAGGGUUUCAAAAUCGUCGAGACUGCCGACGGCAAAGCGGUCGACUUUAAAGCCACACUCGAAGCCAAGGAAAACAAGGGAGCCAUAACAGAAGAGCAUCUGAAGAAGCUUUGGGACGAGCAUGUAGAAAAUUUCAAAGGCGCAGAUGCCGUCAAGGAAUUCAAGCCGCUCAAGGACUGGCACCCAGCUAUUGUUGAGGAGAAUGGAAUCAUCAGCAUGAGAUCUUCGUUGGAGGGGGCAGUGGAGAGCGGCUGGAUUCCAAAAGAUUCAAAAUGGCUCCAGAGAAAUUGGAAGAAGAGCUACGAUAUCGGCCAUAGUCGCAACGUUGACUCUGUUGGGGAUACUUACAAAGCCUUGGAAACCAAACUCUGCCCGGGGGCGCCUAGCAGACGUGAUUUUGGACUGCUGCGCAAACGACAGGCCCUUCUCUGUAUUAGAGCCGCCGAGAUUGAAAAGACCAUGGACAUCAAGGCAGGGGAUGUGGACAACGGGGGUAAGCCGCCGGGAGAGAAGCCGCCGAACCCGGGCGAGGAGGGCAAGCCGCCGGGAGAGAAGAACAUCCCGGCCAGCGAGGAGCAAGUCAAGAGGGCCAACAGUGUGUCGGAAAACUCGUUUGAGAAGUCGGCCGAGAAGCGCCUGGGCAAAGUACCAAAGUCGUUUGAGGAAAAGUACGGGACGAAUUCGUACAAGGAGCUGCGGACCAAGGCCCUCGAGUACAAGCCACUGGAGCCCAACUCGCCCAAAAUUCGUUCCGGCGGCACCGGUCUCUCCAAGGUCGGAAAGGCCUUGGGCGCCGUCGGCGGCGUCCUGUACGUCAAGGGCAUCAUCGACGCCUUCAGGGACCACGUCUCUCCUCUGCACUUCUUCGCGGCCGUCACCUCCAUCGUCCCCUUUCUGGGGUGUGCCGUUGAAACUGGCGCCUCGGUCGAGGACAAGGUGCCCGCCGGCUUCAUCGUGGCCGAGGGCGUCUUGUGCAACGUUGCCGAUGCCCUGCUCCUGACGCCCUUUUGGCCGGUCGGCAUCGCGCUUCACCUUGUCAAUGCCGUUGUCAAGUUCUUCCGCCCUCCUCCCACGCCGCCGACCGUCUUGGAGCUGGCCGAGAAGCGAGACGCGGUCUGGGCUCACGCGCUCGAGGACAUUUACCGAUACACCUACUCGGCGUACGAGACCCAGCAGAAGUCGUCCUUUGCCUUCAAGACGGAGAACGCCCUGUUCUUCGACUCGCUCAAUGUCCUCUCCGAGUCGGCCGACACCAUUGGCUCGCUGAAUGCGACAGGCUCGGCUGAGCUGUUUGAUCCCAAGCUGUUUCCCGACCAGAGCGCCGUGCCAGACGCGGCCGAGCUCGAGACCAGGUCCAAGGAGGCCAUUACAAACCUUGAAGAAGAGGAAUGGGGAGCCGUGUUGCGCCGCCAGCGCAACACUCUGCUUCGUACCGCCAUUGCCACGGCCAACGGCUCGCUCUUUGAACUGGACAAGGCGGCUGUCGACGUCAAUGACAAGUUUAUCAAGUAUAUCGAAUCCCCGGAAUUCAAGGAGACGUAUCCCAAUAGCGGCUGGCAGGGGGAGAAGAUUCUUGCCUUUUUCAAAAAUUGGGCAACUUCGAUCCGCAAGCAUCCUGAACUGGGUGUGGCUGGACCUGCAGGGCUACUUCUUGCCAUACCUGCAGGGGAGGACAAGGACUUUGAAUACCCUGAUAUCCAUACCUUUAUCAAUAAGAGAGUCGAGGAGACAACCGAGUAUGUGAGAUCGAAACCUCCGGUGUUGCCACGGGCGCUAGACGUUUCAUUUGUUCUCGGGCAGUCCAAGGCACUUUUGAACCUUCCCAAAGACACGCUAUCCCCCUUGUCCUUCUUGGAGGUUGAAGUGAGCUCGGCAUCUGAAAAGCCCCUUUCACCACUAUACCUCCAGACACUUGUGGUCCGCCACACGCGGGAGAUUGUCGACGUCAUGUACGGGCGCAUGAAGGAAUCGGACCUCAAAGACACCGACUUUGCCGUGCAAGAUCCCGAGCUCCUCAAAAACUUCCGCCUCCUCAUCGCCAUGAAGCUCGGCGCGGUCCACGACGCCGACCGAGUCGCGGAAAUCCAGAGGCGCCACCCCAGCGGCUACGACCCCGAGCUCCUCAACCACCGCGGCCUCGUCCGCGCCAUCACCCCGUACAUCCCCGUCGUCCUGGAAAAUCCCACCGACCCCGUCCCCGUGUCUCACUACCUGACAAUGGUAUCUGGCCUCGAGAAGACGCUUGUCGACGAGGCCCUCCAAGCCCGAGUGGCCAAGUACGUCGAGACACAAGACGAGGCGACCAAGAGCUUCUGGGAAGAGCAAAAGAAGAACUUUAACAGUCUCAAGGCGAUUGCGGAAAAGAUUACCGGUGUGCUGGCCCGCCCGCCCUCUAUGCCGGGCGACUUUCUGGCCAAGCACAAGCCUACGUGUGUUAGUAAGGGCCAGGACGAGACGAUGUGCCAGUACUUGGUGGAGGCGUGCUACUUUGCCGAGAACAUGGGCGACGAGUUUGUCAACCAGUGCUUGGACGCGGCCGUGUCGCUUGAGAAGACGAGGGAGCACAAGGUUGACCUGUGCGCCAAGUUCCCCAGCUACAACAGCUGCGAGCUGGCUAUUCAUGACUGCGACAAGACGUACAGGAAUAGCAUGUACACGGUGCUUUUUGAGUGCGCGGCCAGGGCUGCGCCUGACCGUGAGGCAGAGUAUGCCAAGAUGGCGGCCGAGUAG